AUGUUAAAAAUAACCACUUUUACUCUGAGACAAUCUUUAAGGAGUUCACGAUGUUCAAAUUUAAAUAGUAUUAGAAGGUUAACGGAAGGGUCACUAUCCACUGCUGUACCCUUAGGGGCCGAUAAGACGUUGGAAAACAAUUUAAAGACUGAAACAAAUCGAUUAUUAAAGACAGGUAAGAAAUUUUGGGAGGACGUAAAGUUGAAUGAUAAAUUAUUGACGGAUAAGAUUUCCAUUGAGAUUGAUACUAAGCCGAUAAGAACACCAUUAGGGAAUCUAUUGGCGGUUUCGAAGGAUAAGCCACUUCUGGCAUAUUUGAUACGACAAGAAUGGGCUACACUUACGGAACUGUCCUUAAAUACGGAUUCCAUGCCAUUGACCUCCCUUGUAUCUCGUUGUAUUGAUUUGGCUUCCACUGAAGAACCUGGCUGUGAUCCAAAUUUGAUUGCAAAGAUUGGAGCAGACCGGAAUCAAAUUAAUUCAGAUCUUUUAAGGUAUUUGGACACAGAUACAUUAUUAGUAUUCUCACCGAGAGCCGAAUUGGAAGGAGUAUUAAGAGCAGAUCAGGAUAAACUAUAUCUCCCCAUAAUACAAGGCAUUAAACAAUUUUUAAGUGACUAUAGAUCACACGCUUCACCAAUUAAAUUGAGAACACUUGACGCAGACAUUCAUGGUUUAAGGGGUAAUAUGCAAUCUCAGGAGACCAAAGAUGCAGCCAUUAAUUACUUAAAUUCAUUAUCUUUAUGGGAUUUGGCAGUGUUUGAGAAAACCGUACUUGUAACUAAAUCUUUUGUUUGCGGUAUAUUACUGUUGCAAAAUAAGGCCUCUAAGACUGUUCCUUUAAAGCAAUUGCAAGUUGAUGCGGAGCGUAUUGCUCAUUUGGCUACUUUGGAGAUUACACAUCAAACCAGAAGAUGGGGUGAAGUAGAGGACACCCACGAUGUCAACAAGGUGGACAUUAGAAGAAAUAUUGGUGUUGCGGCGAUUGCAGCAUUUAGCAUGUAA